ACUACAACUCACACAGGGCCAGUCCCCCCCAGAACUACAACUCCCACAGUCCCCUCAGCAAGUACGUCUCUCACAAACCCAGCCCGCCUCAGAGCUACAAGCAGAGCCCUCCUCUGAGCUUCAGCUCGCACAGGGCCAGUCCACUGGAGGACUUCUUUCCCAACCUCAGAGGCCAGAACUUUAAGAUCCACAAAGCCGGCUCCUCCGUCUCCCCUGACGUCAUCGAGGUGCGCUCAGACAGGUCCGAGAGGGACUUCGAUGACGUGGACGGGGACGACGAGCUCGACGAUGACAGCCUAUCACAGCGCUCCACUGUGACGGACGAGUCGGAGAUGUUCGACAUAACCCGAGGGAACUUGGGCCUGCUGGAGCAGGCCAUCGCCCUGAAGGCGGAGCAGGUGAAGCCCUCCGGGCCCAGAGAUCUGCUCCGAGCCCCGGACAUCCUCCACCAGCGCUACUUCACCAUGGACGACAGGCCCAAGCACCUGGACAUAAUCCGCAAGAGCUACUUCUGCAAAGAGAGCAGUAGGCAGGAGAAGAGGGAGAUCAAGUGUCCCACCCCAGGAUGUGAUGGGACGGGUCAUGUGACCGGUCUGUACCCCCACCACCGCAGCCUGUCAGGCUGUCCGCACAAGGACAGGAUCCCCCCCGAGAUUCUGGCCAUGCAUGAGAACGUGCUGAAGUGUCCGACACCUGGCUGCACCGGGCAGGGCCACGUUAACAGCAACAGAAACACACACCGCAGUCUCUCCGGAUGCCCCAUCGCCGCUGCAGAGAAGCUGUCCAAGGGCCUCGACAAGCAGCAUCUCUCCCCCCCCGGCAGCGAGCUGCUCAAAGGAAGUCCCAACGACAGGGUGCUAAGCCCCACCCUGACAUCCUCUCGCUCUCCCUUCCCUCCCCUCAGGCCCAUGUGCUUUGUGAAGCAGCUGGAGGUGCCUCAGUACGGCAGCUACCGGCCCGACAUGGCGCCCAGCACCCCCCGUGCCAACCUGGCCCGGGAGCUGGAGAAGUACUCCAAGGUGUCCUUCGAUUACGCCAGCUUUGACGCGCAGGUGUUCGGGAGGCGCAUGCUGGCUCCAAAGAUACACAGCAGCGAUAUGACACCCAAAGCCUUCAAAACUAAGCCCUCAUUCCCCAAGUCGCCGUCACCCAGCCUCAGUCUCCACGGUUACGGGAAGAGCUCCUCGUUGACCUAUGACUACUCCCAUGAUGCCGAGGCGGCUCACAUGGCUGCCACUGCCAUCCUCAACCUGUCCACCCGCUGCUGGGAGAAACCAGAGAACCUGAGCACCAAGCCGCAGAGCACCGAGCCGCAGAGCACCGAGCCGCAGAGCACCGAGCCGCAGAGCACCGAGCCGCAGAGCACCGAGCCGCAGAGCACCGAGCCGCAGAGCAAGGAAGUGGACAUCGAGGUGGAUGAGAACGGCACCCUGGACCUGAGCAUGAAGAAGCCCAUCAAGAGGGAAGGAAGUCUGUCCAGCCCCGGGGUCCGCUCCCCGGACCCUUCUUCCUCCUCUUCCUCGCUCCAUCACGAUGGCAGCGGCAUGACGUCUCCGAACCUCCCGGCCUACAAGCAGGAGGUGUGGGAGGGCCCUCUGGAUUACACCAAGCCCAACCGCCAGAGGGAGGAGGACCUGGAGGAGAUGGAGCAUACGGGCCAGUCGUUUGUCUCGUCAGACGCUGAGGACUGUGACAUGAUGCAGGACUGUCUAGAGGACAGGAAGUACCCGGGAGAGGUCACCACCCCCAGCUUCAAGGUCAAGUUCCUGCCCAAGGACAGCAAGAAAGAUCUUCUCGCGUGCCCUACACCUGGCUGUGAUGGCAGCGGUCACAUCACUGGAAACUAUGCUUCCCAUCGCAGUCUGUCUGGGUGUCCUCUCGCUGAUAAGAGCCUUCGGUCCCUCAUGGCGGCCCACACCCCUGAACUCAAAUGCCCGACCCAAGGAUGUGACGGCUCAGGUCACAUCACCGGAAACUAUACCUCCCACAGAAGUAUCUCUGGGUGCCCGCGUGCCAAGAAAAGUGGAAUUAAAACUCCUACCAAGGACAACCAGGAGGACUCCGAGCUUUUAAAGUGUCCGGUGCCGGGCUGCGACAGUCUGGGUCACAUCAGCGGGAAGUACGCCACGCACCGCAGCGCCUACGGGUGUCCGCUGGCCGCCCGCAGGCAGAAGGAGGGCAUGCUAAAUGGCACGCCCUUCAACUGGAAGGCCUUCAAGACAGAGGGGCCCAGUUGUCCCACCCCAGGGUGCGACGGCUCCGGACACGCCAACGGGACCUUCCUCACACACCGCAGCCUCUCAGGGUGCCCCAGAGCUUUGUUCGCCAAGAAGAAGGCCAAGUUCUCCUCAGAGGACUACCUGAGCACCAAGUUCAGAGCCGGUGAUGUUCUGGACAACGAUGAGGACAUCAAGCAGCUCAACAAAGAGAUUAAUGACCUGAAUGAAUCCAACAAUGAAAUGGAGGCAGACAUGGAGAACCUGCAGACUCAGAUCUCCUCCAUGGAGAUGAACCUGAAGAGCAUUGAGCACGAGAACAAGAUGAUCGAGGAGCAGAACGAGGCUCUGUUCAUGGAGCUGUCCGGGCUGAGCUGCGCUCUCAUCCGCAGCCUGGCCAACAUCCGUCUGCCACACAUGGAGCCCAUCACGGAGCAGAACUUCGACAGCUACGUGAGCACGCUGACCGACAUGUACACCAACAAGGACUGCUUCCAGAGCCCCGAGAACAAAGCUCUGCUGGAGAGCAUCAACCAAGCUGUGAAAGGCAUCAAAGUGUGAGGCCUGUCCUGGAGCGCAGGAGUGUGACGGAGGAGAUGGAGCGACGGCCAGAUGGAGGAGAGAUGUUGAAAUACUCUACAAUAUAUUGAAAUAUGAUUCAAAAACAAAAAGGGAAUUCAGGUUAUUUAAAUAAAACGGCAACUUUGAAAAAAGAAAUCAACCCAGGGAGCACUGUUAGAAGAAAAGUGACGCGGACCAAAAUCCACACCAUGCUGCUGCUGGGAGCCUUCAGUCAGGAUGGAUGGGAAGAAGAAUAAUGUUACUACAAACUGCAUCUGGGGAUUUUAUUAUGCUGUAUGUUACCUGUUGUCUCUUUUGUGUCCUUAACUGUUUUUGGAGAGGGUUUCACUGUUGGCAGCUUCAUAUCAAACUGAAACUCGGAGGAGCGUGAACACAGGAUUGCCUGAACGUGAAGAGGACGUUUUGACUCUCAGUGUUGUCCUGUCACACACACUGUGGCGAGUGUGUGUGUUCUCCCGAGCUCUCUAAUUCAUGACCACACACACCCCGGCAAUACGAAGCACGCACUAUGUGUGAAUGUGUGUUUGCUUUGCGGUAUUACUGCGGAAAAUAUGUCAACAGCGCAAUGUUGACUCAGUUUAGCAGUGGGGAAAUAAUCUUCAAGUAAGGUCAUGUGACUAUUCCAGGAACAGCGAAUGGUGUUUAUUUUCCACGGGACAGCUGAUAUCAUGAUUUUACAAGCAGCAGAUUUCCUUUACUGAAAUGAUGAUAGUGAUAGUGUGCACACAUUUCAAAUUCAGUUAGUCAUAUCAAUAGUAUUUAUGGACAUAGGAAUUGCACUUCAUUUCAAUGACUAGUUUUUUCGUACAUUAAUUAUUGUUAUAUAUAUUAAUUAUUUAAACUUGUGAACUUUUAAAUUGUAACUUAUUGCCAUUUAUGUUAUUGAGGUUUAUUUAUUUGAAGCAAUCUAUUUAUUAACUUUGUUUUGUAAAACACACACACACGAAAGCAUCCUUACUGAUUAUCAUGCCAUUUGCAGAUGUCUCAGUUCAUAUUUUAAGAAACUAUAUAGAGAACUGAAGAGGCAUAUUUUGUUUUGAGUACUUUUUAAAAACCUUUUUAAGUGCAGAUGUUUUAUAACUGACAAAACCUUUUGAUAAUUUUACAAAAAUCUUUUGGAGUUGUUUUUAUUUUUUUGUUUUGUUAAAUGUUAUUUCUGUUACUGCUACAUUCAGAAGCCCACUACUGAGACAAAAAGAAACGAUGUAUUUAUUAUUUAUUUAAUAUGAAAGAAAUGGACUGAUAUGGCUGUAUAUUUAUUUUGUUAUUUAUUUCUGUGAUGUAACGGUUGAGUCUGAGUAGUCUUAAAGAUUCCACUGCUAAUAUUUAAAUAAAGAAAAUCAAUACAAAUACUGUUUGAUUACUUAGGCUUAUACCUAGACAUACCAGCAGCUGAUUGUAAAGACAGAAAAGAAACUAACACGUGUUCUGUUGCUCUCUGCUCUCUGUGUGUUGCUUUUGUCAGGUAAAAGAAAACCAGGAAAAGUUAUUUUCAAAAAUGAAAAAUGUUACCUCUCCCAAGCGCUUUGUAGCGGCCAGCACCGGCUCACCCUAACUCUGUAAUGUACCAUGGAUGCUUCUUAACUCUGUCUUAUUUAUACUUUCAUCAGCACAAUGGUACAUAUAUAGAGCUGUGAUCCAGCAGUGGUUCAGGCCGGAUGUAUGGGUGUAACACACACACACACACACACACACACACACACACACACACACACACACACACACACACACACACACACACACACACACACACACACACACACACACACACACACACACACACACACACACACACACACACACACACACACACACACACACACACACACACAACACACACACCACACACCACACAACACACAGCAACAUAUCGAGGAAACUGUAGGAUGGCCUCCUUUGACAAACAGAUAAACAUACACACCCUUGUAGCCUUACUCUAGAUUUUAAUUUUUUGAUGCACAAAGUGCCACUAAAAAAAGAAGAAAAAAAGAACUCACUUUCUUUCCUGAUUCUUCGCAUUUCUGCAAUGUAACAAAUGUCUGGUCCCGGGCGACCAUGGCAUCAGAGAGCGGUGAUUGUUUCAGAUGCCUUUAUUUCUCUGCCAAGAUGGCCAUUAGUACACUAUAUAUACAUUCUGUAUAAAUAGAUUUUAAAGAUGCUAUAUAUAUGAAUAUAAACAUACAUAUAUUUUUCCAGUGUACUUGUUGACUUCUUCUUCUCUUGUAUAACCUGAACAAAGGAUCACUAGCUGUGUAGGAGACCGCUCUCAGUAGGAGCCAGUUACACCUGAUUUAAUACCAUAAGACCUGCUCAACUGUGGCUUUAAACAAACCAUUCACUCAAGCUGAAGGCAUUGUUUGAUCAUACAGUCGGAAGUGUUCAUAGGUUUCUUUCUUCUCAUUUCCUGUACUUGUCUGUCCUUGAUCCAGAAAUGUCAGAAACAUACUGUGUGUUGUACUGAAUCUGAAGUUACUGUCAUUUGAAACUACAUGGUUGGUUCCUAAGUGUAAUGUGAGUUCAUGUAUAGUUAAAAAAUGCCUCUGAAUAAUGUUCUGCACUUAGUGUUUGGCAGCAUUGUGCAGUCCUUGUAUUUUUACUAGUGAGGCCUGCUUGCUACGAGCCCAUGUCUCUGCUGUUGGAGGGGGGGGGGGUUCAGUGUGACCUGCCUUUGAGUGAUCUGUUGCAGUACCAUACCGUGUGUGACUCUGAUGUCAGAGGCAUGUUGUAAAUGUGCUCUUAGCCAAUUUAGAAUGAAACUCCUGUGCGCACUUUCUGAAUAGCUGAAGAAAAUGCCAGAAUUUGACUUGUAAGAACCCUAAUAGAUCACAGGCAAUAUUCCCCUCCGCUGGGGGGGGGGGCAUUAUUUGUUGCAGAAGACAACAAGCUGUGUUACAUAGAGACGUGUCUUUGAUUCAGCUGUCAGAGAAAUGUAUAAAUAAAGGAAGCGCUACUUUCCUUUCCAAACUAAAACCAAAAGAGAUUGACAGGAAGCAGGAAGUGGUUCUCAGGUGAGCGUGGAGAGCAGCCGAAGCAGUGAGCCGUAGGUCAGGGGGGGUGAAAUGAGAAGUGUGUGUGGGAGUGGGAAAUGUAUUAGCCAGGCUUCACAAUCUCCCCGUUGUUUUAGGAGGAGGCGUUCGUUGCAUAAAUAUGUGUCCAUCACUCAAAAGCUGUGUCGAAAGCUUUUAUGACUUUUAAACCCGCCCUCCCCUUCCUCAUGUCUUGUGUAACCUUUCCUCAGGAAAGAUCAUUUUGAUGCAUUUGGUUAACAAAGUAGUAUAUUCUUCCUCUCUUGAAAAUGCACGAGAAUACUACCCAAGAGUGUUAAAGACUGUGAAUAUUCUCGUAACUUAUUUGAUAUGGCAUGACCCCUUUUAAACUGCUUGAUGAAAUUGUCUACUGAGGUAUGUAAAUGAAUAACACUGAGGCCAUGAAAGCAUCGCAUUUUCAGAAAAAUGUCAGCGGAGAAAGCAAACGCAGCCUCCGGCCGGUCCUGUGCCCACGCACUCUAUGUUUCUGAUUUACUGAGAGUACAGAGUGAUGGGGGGGGCAGCUUUAUUCAGAUUAUUCUAAAUAGCAAAGAAAUUAAAAACAGGCUGGUCAGGGCCCCAGUUUCCAGCCGGAAUAUAAAUGAAUUGAACAUGAUGGAACUUUCAGGGAGGCCAGACCAAAACCCAGCUGUGUGUUUUCGGAAGGGGGUAGCAGGUGGGGCGGGGGGGCACACCUUCGCAUCCUGGUUCCAUGUUAGCUCCAGGUUCUGGUCACACUUUGACGUAGAAAUUGACUCAAAGAUAGGGAUGAUUAGUCGAGGCACUUUUCAUCGAGCUGAGCAAAACCAAAAGCCCCCCCCUCCCGACACCCCCCACCCCCCGCUGUAGUUACAAGCCGUGUGGUCUUAUCAUGUGUGCCUUUCUCACUCCACUCAUUUCAACAUAUGGUAGUUUACAUUUGGCAAACCUGGUUCUAAUAGUGUUCUGGACUGAAAAAACUGAACCGUUGACAUCAAUUAAAUGUCUUAUGUCAACAGAUUUCACAUCACUGUAUUAGGUUAGUUGAAAGCAAUAAUAUUAAGUUGAACCUAAUAUGUUUAAUUUAAACUUAAUAUUAUUGCUGACAACUAACCUAAUACAGUUUUGUGAAAUCUCAUAAUACAUUUAAUUAUAAUCAACAUUUCAUUUUGUAUCAGUGUGUCGGUAUCUUGGGGCGGGGUGGGGGGGGGGGUUACUGUGUAGGUAGAGGGUAUUCUGUUGUGCCACAGAUACAGAAGUACACACUCCUGUUAGGCUAAAGAAACUGUGAUCUCAUCAUUGUGUGGAUUCAGGUACCAAACUGCACGGACAGUUUCUGUGAAGGAAUCUGAAAAACAUCAUCUUAAUCAUCUUCAUCCCUAGAUAAUGCAUCAGUGUGCAGGGCGUUAUUUUGAAACAUGUGGAAGUCUCUGUACAUAUUUGUAUUAAGAAGAAACAGUGUUAUUGUUGUUGUAUUGGAGACAAAAAGAGCAACAAAAAACAACAACUUUGUGACAAAGAAAAUAGUUCCACAGCCAAGGCGUGUCCUGCUAGCACGUUUUUACAGAGAUGAGCUAUUUUUACUGGUGAUUUUCUACCCAUUGAUAUUGAUAUCCUUUUAAAAAAGUACAAAACUUCCAAAAUUACAAGCACUUCCACCCUGAUAGAUUGCAUGGUCAUUUUUGUUACUUUUGUAGAUGUGGUCGUUCCUUUACUACUGCACCGUUUUGUAAAGUGGGACAGGCCUUGGCUGUGUGUCUCGGGGUCUCAUGAUGUUUCUGUUUUAAGUUGUUUCUGUUGGGGGAGUAAACACUGUAGAUGGGAUGUUUGUGACUGUGUGUUUGUGUACCUGUGUACAUGUUCCCUUGUUCCUGUGUCAGUGUUAAAGACCAGAGAAGUGAUGUCAGUUAUUGUGGGGGUAUGAACCAUUUUAAAUGUUCUCUAUGAAAAACAAAAAUAAAGAAUCAUAGACAA